GCCUCUUGCGGAGCGCGGGGCCGGGCGGCGGGCGCGCCCAGGCGGCGGCGGCUGCGAGCGCCCCCGCGCGCCCCCCGCGCCGCGGCCCCGCGCGCCUGGCUUGCGGGGGGCCGGGCCUGCGGGCGGCCGCCGCGCCGCGCACCCAUGGACGGCCCGGCCAUCAUCACCCAGGUGACCAACCCCAAGGAGGACGAGGGCCGGCUGCCCGGCGCGGGCGAGAAAGCUUCGCAGUGCAACGUCAGCCUGAAGAAGCACAGGAACCGCAGCCUGCUCAGCUCCUUCUUCUGCUGCUUCCGGGACCACAGUGCGGAGGCCCCUCCGGCCAGCGGCCCCAGCGCGCUGCCGCCCCUGGUGGAGGAGAACGGCGGGCUCCAGAAGGGUGACCAGAGGCAGGUCAUUCCCCUUCCAAGUCCACCAGCUAAAUACCUCCUCCCCGAGGUGACCGUGCUCGACUACGGGAAGAAAUGUGUGGUCAUCGAUCUAGAUGAAACCUUGGUGCACAGCUCCUUUAAGCCUAUUAGCAAUGCUGAUUUUAUUGUUCCGGUUGAAAUCGAUGGGACUAUACAUCAGGUGUACGUGCUGAAGCGGCCACACGUGGACGAGUUCCUGCAGCGGAUGGGGCAGCUGUUCGAGUGCGUGCUCUUCACUGCCAGCCUGGCCAAGUAUGCAGACCCCGUGGCCGACCUCCUAGACCGCUGGGGUGUGUUCCGGGCCCGGCUCUUCAGAGAGUCGUGCGUCUUCCACCGUGGCAACUAUGUGAAGGACCUGAGCCGCCUUGGGCGGGAGCUGAGCAAAGUGAUCAUCGUGGACAAUUCCCCUGCCUCGUACAUCUUCCACCCCGAGAAUGCAGUGCCUGUGCAGUCCUGGUUCGAUGACAUGACGGACACCGAGCUGCUGGACCUCAUCCCGUUCUUCGAGGGCCUGAGCCGGGAGGACGACGUGUACAGCACGCUGCACAGACUCUGCAGGAGGUAGCCCCGGCCCCGGGCCCGCCCGGCCUCUGCUCCCAGGAUGCUCCGCGCUCCAGGCCACGGCUGAAGGUGGCCACGCCUACCUGUCUGGUUUUUUUUUUUUUUUUUAAGAACAGAAGCAACUAUUUUAAAAAGAACUCUUUUAACAGAUUUCAUAAAGGAACAUGCAUUUUACUGGAUUUGCUUUUUCUUAAAACAUACCAAAAAGGGAAAAAAAUGGAAGAAAAAAAAAAAGCUUGCUCUCUCUCGGACUUCCUUUGAGCUGUCUCCCCUCCAGCCGCCAACCCAGCCCCGUCCGCCCGGCUCGGAGCAGCCGACGCGACCAGAUCUCUCCUACAGGAUGAAGUGCCUUUUUGAAUGUUAUUUUAAGCUGAGAGUUGAUUUUUCUACACGACGUAUUUCCAGAUAUCUUUUAGUCUUUUAUUGUCUUAGAGACUCUAAGAUGAAAAUGACAAUUUUCUAGAACCUGGUGGAGAGUGUGCGUGCGUGAGUGUGUGUGUGCAUGCGUGUGUGAGUGCGUGUGCAUGUGUGUGUGCGUGUGUCACGGGCUGGGGCGGGGCAGGCGAGGCAGGAGGGAGUCACAGGAGCCUGCCUCCCCCAGCCGCGACUCUGCCGGGACAGCGUGUGGCACGCGGCAGGCCGUGGCGCCCGCAGCGUGAGUGCCUGCGUCUGGACCCCGCUCCCGCUGACUCCGCGUGGAGCACCCCGCGCUGUGUGCUCGCACUUCAGGAAACAGGAGGCGCUGCCCGCGGUCUGUGCGAUGCGACAGAUGUGCUUGAGGUCGCGUUUCCCCUGACAGGCGCCAUCCUGUCACUCCGCUUCCACACCACUGCCAUGGACCGUCUGUCGUUGUCGCCGUCGGUAGAGCAGUUACCACGAACCCGCAAGCCCUGGGAUGGAUUAACAAAAAGAAGAAGAAAAAAAACGGUAUUGAUUUUUUAAAUCUUUCCUUUCCAAAAAGCUGGACACGGAGCUGUCUGGGGACUUUGCUGCUACCGCGCUGCCACCAAAUGGAACUGUCCAGCGGCUGUUACACUGUUCUUUGCCACUGUGCCUAUGCCCGGAACAUGCUCACUGCUAAGCUGCGGGUCGGACAGGGUCAGGAGCAGGGUCCCCACCAGCGCAGACGGCACCGGCCGUGUCCCUUCGCUGGCACUGGCCACCGGCCGUGCACACAGGUACCAUGGCAAAGGGCCAGCGCCCCACACAGAUGCGGCUCUCUCUGGUUGCCAUCGACAGCAGAUCCUGUGAGAGGCUGGCCGUGGUCCCUUGAGACCUGGGGCCCAGGUGCAACUGCAGGUCCCCUCCCCGGAAGCACAGCCUGCUGAUGAGCCAGGCCCGGGGUGGGGCGGAGGCCCCUGCCGCUGAGCCGGGCCCGGAGAGGCCUGGCCCGGGAAGACCCAGCCCAGGGAGGCCGGGCCCAGGGUAGGGCGGAGGCCCCUGCUGCUGAGCCAGGGCCCUCUGGGCAGCCUGGGCUGGGGAGGCCUGGCCUGGCCUGGGGUGGGUGUUGAAGCAGCACCACGUGGCUUGUUGACAAGUCUGUGAAGUAUUGCUCUUGGAGAUCAUUUUGAAAAAGAGCCCUGUGGUGUUGGCACCACUGCCUUCGUCCUCUGUGGCCUGGGCCUCGGCCGGAGUCCCGUGGGAGCCCCUGGCACGGAGGAGACUGGAACCCGGGGUCCCAGAGUGGAGAGCCCCCGCUCACACGUACCGGAGCCAGCGGCCAGUCACGUCCUCCGACAGCAGCCAGGUCUGCGGGCGGCCGUGCCCUCAGCAAAGUUCCUUAUUCAGAGGGCACGCAGGUGGCCCGGCGUUGAGUGUCCCACACCCAGCCAUCCGCGUGCCCCGCUCCGGGCAUCCCCGCAGAAGGCGGGCGGCGUGCCACAGACCUUCAUUCGGAAAUCCAGUCCUUCAGCGACCCCGUGCCUUAAAUGUCCCGCACGUCGCGGCGUGUUGCGGUCCACGUGGAAGCAGGCCGGGCCGGAGCCUUCACCCCUGCUCGCUUGGCUCCCCAGGGCCUCUUCUGGAAGAGGGGGCGGGAGGGUCUUUCAGAGGAAGCGAGCCUGGGGGGACAGCUCCGCUGGGGCAGGUGGAGUGGAGGCGCCUGGCAGGCCUGGGCCAGGCCCUGUGCUGGCCUAACCCCGCCCCCGGCCUGCCCGAGCCAGGGCGGAGCUGGCGGGGGCGGGGGGGGGGGGUGCAGCCAGAGUGUCUUAGGAGAGCCAGCCGAGCCGCUGAGGCUUCUGGGUCUGGGCACCUUAUUCGACCACACUCCAAAAUUCCGUUUUCGUUUCCACCCUUGAUUCUGCUUUGUGUAUAUAAUCAAGAUAUCGAUAUAUUUUUUAAUCGCCAAGCUGUCAAUGAAGCAAUAGAAUUGUCACAUGAGGCCAAGAAAUGAGGUGAAUGUUUGGGGUUUAUGUUUUUUAUGGUCAAUACGGGUAUUAUCGUUUAAUUAUUAACCUUUUAUUAAAUUAUGGGCUUUCAAACCUAAGGGGACCUGUUAGCUCCUUCUCUGUGCCAUAUACCCCCCACGUUACCAAAAGACACCCAGCUCAUUAGCCAGAGGGAAGCCGACCUCGCCCUGAGCGCCAGGGUCCUUGGGAGCCAGGUGAGAGCGCGGUCCCUGGACGCAGAUUUCUGACCCUGAGACCGGGACCGGCGCCUUGGGUUCACGGCCACAGCCACCGUGACGCACGACGCGCCCGCCGUGGUCACGCCCUGUCUUCCAUCCCCUCUGAACUCCCGUCUUGGUCUUGUUCUCGCAUGGUAGCUGUUUGUCGACAGCACAUCUGUACUCUGAACAGGAACGCCACCUGUCCCGGGCGACAGACAGACGGGGUGGGCAGGCUCCUUCAUGAGGUGGCCUUGGGGACCUGAGGGUGGGUGCCCUCGUGACACCGAUGCGUGCGUUUGGACCUCCAGUGUGCGGGGGGAGUCGCCUGUAACCUGGGGCGCUGUACAACCCUGCGUUUCCAAGAUGGUGAAGUCCACACCCCCUCAGGCCUGUGCCCAAACACUCGUGACGUGCAUGCCGCGGGGUUCAGGAAGAGUGGACGGCACAGGCUCGCGGGGCCCUGGGCAGAGCCGGCCGGCCGCCUCUGACUGCACACUGCUCUUGCCUGUUCCCGGGCCAUGCACCGGGAGCGUCUGCGGGUGGGGGCCGAUGCAGGGUGGGGCUGGGUGGGGGAGGGAGAAGCCCCUGCUGGGCGCCAAACCCGGCACUGCCUGGGCCGAGUGCUGUCAGUCGAGGUGUGCGAUGGUUUCCUUCCUGCCAAAAUAAACCUGUGAAACUG